GCGGUGCCCACGGUCGCGCUGCUCAUUGGCUCAGACUGCCGUCGCUCAAGCGCGUUGCCCGAGCGCCCGCAGGCGGUGCUUCCGGAAGCCCCUCCCAUUGGCAGCCGGGUUUGUGGCUGGCUGGCCACGACUGUCACUCCGGGGCUGUUUCCCCCAAGGCCAGCGCUCAGCUUGGGGCGGGAGGAAGAGGGGCCGGACUAGGGCCUGAGGAGCCGUCGCUGUCUUCGCGGCUGCUAUGACCAGCGGGCUAGAAGCCCUCCACAGCUCCGCGCAGCGCUAGUGGCGGCCGUGCACCCGCUGAAGACGUCUGGGUUCCCCGUGCCGCCGCUCCCGCGGGCCUCUCGGCUCUUCCAGUGCCGCCCGCGAGACGAGGCGGAGGCAGGAUGAAGAUGACGGUGGAUUUCGAGGAGUGUCUGAAGGACUCGCCCCGCUUCAGGGCUGCUUUGGAAGAAGUAGAAGGAGAUGUGGCAGAAUUGGAACUAAAACUUGAUAAGCUUGUGAAGCUUUGUAUUGCUAUGAUUGAUACUGGAAAAGCCUUUUGUGUUGCAAAUAAGCAGUUCAUGAAUGGAAUUCGAGACUUAGCACAGUAUUCUAGUAAUGAUGCUGUAGUUGAGACAAGUUUGACCAAGUUUUCUGACAGUCUUCAAGAAAUGAUAAAUUUUCACACAAUCCUGUUUGACCAAACUCAGAGAUCAAUUAAGGCACAGCUUCAGAAUUUUGUUAAGGAAGAUCUUAGGAAAUUCAAAGAUGCCAAGAAACAAUUUGAAAAAGUCAGUGAAGAAAAAGAAAAUGCAUUAGUAAAAAAUGCCCAAGUACAAAGAAACAAACAACAUGAAGUUGAAGAAGCCACAAAUAUUCUGACAGCAACAAGAAAAUGUUUUCGUCACAUAGCCCUUGACUAUGUACUACAGAUUAAUGUUCUUCAAUCAAAAAGGAGAUCAGAAAUCCUAAAAUCAAUGCUGUCCUUUAUGUACGCCCAUUUGGCCUUCUUUCACCAAGGAUAUGAUCUGUUUAGUGAACUUGGGCCUUAUAUGAAAGAUCUUGGCGCACAGUUGGAUCGACUUGUUGUGGAUGCAGCCAAGGAGAAAAGAGAGAUGGAGCAAAAACAUUCCACUAUUCAACAAAAGGAUUUCUCCAGUGAUGACUCUAAGUUAGAAUAUAAUGUAGAUGCUGCAAAUGGCAUUGUCAUGGAAGGAUAUCUCUUCAAACGAGCCAGCAACGCCUUUAAAACUUGGAACAGGAAAAAGCCCGAUCAUAUCAGACGCUGGUUUUCAAUACAGAACAAUCAGCUGGUUUACCAGAAAAAGUUUAAGGAUAACCCCACUGUAGUAGUGGAAGAUCUCAGGCUCUGCACAGUGAAGCAUUGUGAAGACAUAGAGAGAAGAUUCUGCUUUGAGGUGGUCUCUCCAACAAAAAGUUGCAUGCUCCAGGCGGAUUCUGAAAAGCUGCGCCAGGCAUGGAUUAAGGCUGUUCAGACCAGUAUUGCAACUGCUUAUAGAGAAAAGGGAGAUGAAUCAGAGAAGCUGGACAAGAAGUCAUCUCCAUCAACAGGAAGCCUAGAUUCUGGAAACGAGUCAAAAGAGAAAUUAUUGAAAGGAGAAAGUGCACUACAGAGGGUCCAGUGUAUCCCGGGCAACGCUAGCUGUUGUGACUGUGGUCUGGCAGAUCCGCGGUGGGCCAGCAUCAACUUGGGCAUCACCUUGUGUAUUGAGUGUUCAGGGAUUCAUCGGAGUCUGGGGGUUCAUUUUUCAAAAGUACGAUCCUUAACUUUAGACACCUGGGAGCCUGAACUUUUAAAGCUUAUGUGUGAGUUGGGGAAUGAUGUUAUAAAUCGUGUUUAUGAAGCUAAAGUGGAAAAAAUGGGAAUAAAGAAACCACAGCCAGGACAAAGACAGGAAAAAGAGGCAUAUAUCAGAGCAAAAUAUGUGGAGAGGAAAUUUGUGGAUAAAUAUUCCAUAUCAUCAUUACCUCCUGAGCAGGAAAAAAAGAUUGUCUCCAAAGGUUAUGAAGAAAAGAGGCUGAGCAUUUCUAAACUUGGGCCAGGUGACCAAGUCAGAGCAUCUGUCCAGAGUUCAGUCAAAAGUAAUGACAGUGGUAUCCAGCAAAGCUCAGAUGAUGGAAGAGAAUCUUUACCCUCCACAGUGUCAGCCAAUAGUUUAUAUGAGCCUGAAGGGGAAAGGCAAGAUUCUUCUGUGUUUCCUGACUCUAAACAUCUUAAUCCAGGACUUCAGCUUUAUAGGGCUUCAUAUGAAAAAAACCUUCCUAAAAUGGCCGAGGCUUUGGCUCAUGGUGCAGAUGUGAACUGGGCUAAUUCAGACGAAAACAAAGCCACACCACUCAUUCAAGCUGUACUAGGGGGCUCUUUGGUGACAUGUGAGUUCCUCCUGCAGAAUGGUGCUAAUGUGAACCAAAGAGAUGUCCAAGGGCGGGGACCACUGCACCAUGCCACUGUCUUAGGACACACAGGGCAGGUGUGUCUAUUCCUAAAGCGAGGAGCCAACCAGCAUGCCACUGACGAAGAAGGGAAAGACCCGCUGAGCAUAGCUGUGGAAGCAGCCAAUGCUGACAUAGUAACCUUGUUACGUUUAGCAAGAAUGAAUGAAGAGAUGCGGGAAUCAGAAGGACUUUAUGGACAGCCAGGUGAUGAAACUUACCAGGACAUUUUUCGUGAUUUUUCACAAAUGGCAUCCAAUAAUCCAGAGAAACUAAAUCGUUUCCAGCAAGAUUCACAGAAAUUCUGAAUUUUUUUAAGAAGGGGAAAAUAUGAAAUCUGGUUAAUUCCUAAUGCAUGCUGCCGAAACUCAUACAUUUUUACUGCUUAAUUCUAUUUACCUAAUUUUGGUAGAUAUCAAAUUGUUUAGAAAAAAGGUACCCAUUCAUUGAUAUUUUUAUUUAAAAAAUAACGCCUUGUUUAAAGGGCUAUUUUUUAUAGAUAAAAGUUGAAUCUAGAUUUAGGCCAUUUCUAGGUUAUAAGACGCUAAGAGGUUAGACACAAUAUCUUCUUUUGCCAAUGGAUGAUAGAACUGAUAUUUCUUCCCCUGUUCAUCGUGUCCAGGAUCAUUCACUCAAGCAUGUCUGCGUCAAGUGAGCAUCAAUUAUCCUGCCUGCCUCGAAAGUAUGUCUUUUCUAUAGCUUUCCUAAUGGGUUUUGGUGGUUUGGAAAUAGGUGUGUGUGUGUUUUUGGUAGCCUAGCAAACAUACACACAAUGUGUGAUUUAAUUAUUAGAACUAGAGAGUAUGCUCUCCCCCAUCUGCUCAGAAAUACCACUGUGCUCCUUAAAUGAUAGGUUAUUAGGUUGUUGCCUAGUACUUUAACAAGUUCAGUCCUUUAGACUAGUCCACCUUAGGAAGCAAAGAAGCUCUAAUUUCUCCUCAAUCACCAGUUCAGCAGUAGCAGUUCUUCAUCAUUGGACUGAUCUCCUAAAACCACAACAAAUUUAUCAAUGUAAUAAAAUUGUAUUUCAAAGGUUACUUGAAUGUUGCAAAAUUAUGCUUUCAUUAGAAUAUAACUUUUAAAGGAAAAGUUGCUUUAUAAAAUAAUGUAGGGCAUUUUAGUAUUUGGAAUUUGUCCUUUUUAUUAUACGUUUUUGCUGUUGCUCAUAAUGAAAGAAAAAUCUCUGCAUAAAGGAGAAAAAAGUUCAUUUUUUUCUUCGUUUAUACUAAAAUGUACAACAGUAAACUCCUAUAAGUUUUUUCUGCAUCUAUCUUGUGUUCUUCAUACAGUAUACAUUCUUUUAAAUUUCAUCCCGUAUAUAGCGUUAUAGUCAUAGACCCUUGACUUCCAAAAUACUACGAAUGUUUACCAUUUAUGUGGUACAAACUGAUGUAAUUCAAUUUAGUACAGAAUAAUUAAGUAAUUUGCCUUAUGGUUCCUUUAAAAUGUUGGCAACAAUUAAGUUUAGUAUUGUUUUAGAAAUGAUAUAUAAGUAAUAUUAUUGAUACUCAGUUUCUAAAUCAAAGGCUUUAUUAUAAAAAAAUUAUAUUUAAUUAAAUUACAUAAUAAAUUUUCUAACAUUUUCCCUUCAAUAAGUAGAAUCUUAUUUUGCUUAAAACACAGAUCAGAAUCUAAGCAGGAAUUAUAUUGAAAUAAAUUCACAUCACAGAAAAAAUUCCAUAAUUUGGCCAAACUGCAAGCAUGUAAUGCAAAAAGCAUUACAUGUUAGUUAUAUGUAGUGAUAACCACUACAUGUUAGAUUAGGGUAAAGGUAUGAUUGUAAAUUUUUUCUAAGGAAUAACUUCCAAAGCAUUGUGUUUUAAUUACAACAUAACAGGAACAUUAAAUAUUUUCUGUCUCAGCUUAGAGUCACAGGUCAUCUGGUUUGCAGGUACUUUGUCUAAAUGUUGUAACAUUUUUAUUAGAGUAUACUUUGAAAUUGAUUAUCUUAGAAGCUCAUGGAAGAGAAAUAAGUUAAAUGAACUAAGAGAGGAAGAUAGAGAAAAGUAAGGUUCACUUUUCCUUUGUUGUGCCUAUUAUUUUAAUCAUAAACUUCACUCUUUUAAAGCUCCUGACCUUUGAGCACUCAUUAGACAGAUUUCCCUUUAGAUGGGUCUUAGUGCUUGAGAUCACUUCUGGGGUCUGUGAGGUGAGGUUGGAGGGCAAUUCCUCCUCACGUGCUUGCAUCUGGUUGCCCGAGACAUUAGUUGUAAAUGUGGCUACUUAAUUUAAUGGCUAGAAAUAUAUUUGAAGUUCCCUAAAGGUGAUCAUGGUUCUGAAUCUCUUCAGAGAAAGCCACAUAUUUAAUACUGCGGGGAGAUUGGCAAAACAAAAGGACAUUUCAGUGGCUUGAUUUCCUGAAUGUGUUGAGACCUCAUCUGUACUAAAUUUGGCAGAAAUGAUGGAAGUAAACAGCAAGACUUUAAAUUAAGUUAAUAGUUACAAGGUAGGUUGACUCUUUAGGUGAAUUUCACUUUGCCAAGUAAUAACUUUUAUAUAGUAUGGAACAAGUCUGAGUUUUGUUACACUGUGAAGUACGUUAUGAAGACUUAGAGUAUAAAUAAUUUUAAUCAUACUCUUGGGCUUCUUAGUCCCUGUUUACUUUUCAUGACUCAUCUGCUGAUACUAGUUUCUGAAUCCUUAUAUUAUUCUGUUAGCUCACUGUCACUAGCUAUUAACUUAAAAAUUGGAUUAACAUCAAAUAAGAUGAGCACCAGUAAUUAUGAAGGGAUCAUAAAUACAGUUUCAUACUACAACCAGACUAAAGGUAAAUUAGCAGACAUACUUAAGAUUUCUAGGGAAAAGUUACGUAGAAAUUCACAGAUUUCCAGAGAAUUACUGAAUUACAGUGUGCCUAGUUUAUACUGGUUUUCACUGUAAACUUUAAUGAACUUUGUUAUUUACUUUUCCAAACAUACACACUUAGUGUGUAACAUGUACUUUAGUCUUCAUUUUUGGGGAAAAUUUUUUUAGACCUUCAGUUUCAACAGCUUAAACCCGUGAUCAUAUUAGCAGUAUUUUAAAAAUAUAAUUUUAUGUAUGUUAAGUAUCUCACAAUAAACCAAAUUGAGUUUAAGGCUAAACAUGCUACCUUUUUGAAUAAUCAGACAUUCCCAGAUCACUCUUACAUUGUCGGAGUAACUCUUUGUAUAAUUUUACUUUUGACCAUGGAUAUGGAUAUGAGCUGAAAAGAUGAUAUAAUAUUUUUAAAGAAUUAUGUGUCCAGAAUGACUUUAGAACUGUAUGAUAUCGUGCAGAGAGCACUGGACUAGUGUUCAAUACUGUUUUUGGAUUCAGGGCUCUCACAAAUAAAAUGAGUGAGUGAAACAAGGUGAAAGUAUAAAAGCAUCCCUUUGUAUAUGCUUUGCUACCACACUGUACUUCAACAUUGCUUUAUCUCAGCUGACUUUUACAGUAGCACUUCUCAGAUUUUAAUCCACAAGCUUCCUCAACGUUGUCUGCUAUUUGGUGCUAGCAUGCAACUCUUAAUUUUAUAGAAGUGGUCACUCAGUUUUCUAGUUGGUGGCAUAACCCAGAUCUGACUAACUGCAAGUCAGGGGCACUUUACUUAUACCAUGAAAUGAUUUGAGAUCAUUGGAAAGCAGCAGCUUUCCUUGUGUUUUAUAAGAGACUCCAAAAAUUCUGGAGAACCUUGAUUCAGGGUAGAAGGAAUAGAUUGGGAUUUGAAGACAUCAGAUUGUAGGAAAUUUUACAUUUUUGCAAUAAUAAGCAUUAAUGAAGCAGAG